CGGAGUCCGAAGAGGAGCCGAGCGGGGCCCGAAGAGGAGCCGAGCGGGGCCCGAAGAGGAGCCGAACGGGGCCGGAGGAGCCGAGCGGAGCCCGAAGAGCCGAAAGGGCCCCGAAGAGGAGCCGAGCCGGGCGCGGGCUGCGGGAGGACCCGGAGCCGGAGCCGGAGCUGGAGCCGGGCAGUGAGAAGAGUUUUCAUGGAUCAACUUGGAAAUUAAUUGCAGGAUUUGAAGAGUCCCAGCAGCACAGCUCACUAAUAAAGCUCUUCUUCUGCACACCUGGGCGUGUCACUCCGUGGGAAGCGAGAAGAUGAUGGGUGAUGCAAGCGACAUGUUGGCUGCUGCACUGGAACAGAUGGAUGGCAUCAUUGCAGGCUCCAAGGCCCUGGAAUACUCCAAUGGGAUUUUGGACUGUCAGUCGCCCACCUCGCCGUUCAUGGGGGGCCUCCGGGCCCUGCAUCUGGUGGAAGACCUGCAUGGGCUGCUCCAGGUCAUGGAGGCCGACGAGAAGGAGGGGCUGCGCUGCCAAGUCCCUGAGACCACCGCACAGACGCUCAUCGACUGGCUGCACACGCAGAUGACGAAUGGGCACAUACCUGGAAAUGGAGACAUGUAUCAGGAACGGCUGGCCCGUUUAGAAAACGACAAAGAAUCUCUUGUUCUCCAGGUUAGUGUGCUAACAGAUCAGGUGGAUGCCCAGGGAGAGAAAAUUCGUGAUUUGGAGUUUUGUCUUGAAGAGCACAGGGAGAAGCUGAAUGCCACAGAGGAGAUGCUACAGCAGGAACUGAUGAGUCGGACUUCCUUGGAAACUCAAAAAAUUGACCUUAUGGCUGAAGUAUCUAAUUUGAAGUUAAAAUUGACGACGGUGGAGAAGGACAGAUUAGAUUAUGAAGAUCGGUUCAGAGACACAGAGGGUUUGAUGCAGGAAAUUAAUGAAUUGAGGUUCAGAGUGGGUGAAAUGGACAAUGAGAGACUACAGUAUGAGAAAAAGCUCAAGUCCACCAAGUCUUUAAUGGCCAAACUUUCUAGCAUGAAAAUCAAGGUGGGUCAGAUGCAGUAUGAAAAGCAGCGGAUGGAGCAAAAAUGCGACGCGCUGAAGGACGAACUGGCGUCUUUAAAAGAAGAACUGGAAGAGAAAGAAGGUGAAGUGAAGCGGCUGCAGGAGAACCUGGUUUGCAAGAUGAAAGGAGAAGGGAUUGAAAUCGUCGAUCGAGAUGAAAAUUGUAAAAAGAAGCUCAAAGACAAAAAUAUCGAGGUGCAGAAAAUGAAGAAAGCCGUGGAGUCACUGAUGGCAGCGAAUGAAGAAAAGGACCGGAAAAUAGAAGACCUUCGUCAGUGUCUGAAUAAGUACAAGAAAGCGCAGGACGUGGUGAUAUUGACUCAAGGCAAAGAGUGUGAAUAUGAAGAAUCACUGAAUUCCGGAUCCGUCUCCGCCUUGCUGGACACGCAGACUUUCAACGAUCCAGACCAAAGCCCCUCACCUAUUCCUCUAGCAGGGUCUCCUAACCGGGAGGCGUUGAACACGGGAGUUUUUGAAGAGGUGCACACCAGCAUCUUGCAAGUCUCAAUCCCUUCGUUUUCACCUCCUUCCGUGAGCUCGGAAACCACUCCUGAGAAACCGAAACUGCAGUCCGGCCCAGAGUCGUCAGAGGAUGUGAGGAUUUCCACUCUACAGAAAUCCAGCAGCCUGAGCAAUCUGAAAAAAGAGGCACCGAAUGUGGAAAAGGAACCUGGUCAGAAGUCUCCAGAGAGUUCAGCCCCCGGGGAGCCGGGCCCGUCCAGCACGCUCCCGCCCAAGGCGUCGGGACCCGGCUGCUCCUUGGACGACAACCCCUUCGGCCCGCGGAAAGCCAGAUCCUCCUUCGGCCGGGGCUUUUUCAAGAUCAGAAGCAACAAGAGGACGGCCAGCGCUCCAAACCUGGAUCGCAGCCGAAGUGCGAGCGCACCCACCUUAGCCGAGACAGAAAAGGAGCCCUCGGAGCACCUGGACCUGGCCGGCCUGGCCCCCCGGGCCAAGGGAGGAGCGGGCGGCAGUUCCCCCUUCCAGCUGGCACCCCCGUCUCCAGACUCCCGGAAGAAGCCCAGAGGCAUCAGGAAGCUCUUCGGGAGACUUAGGAGGAGUCAGUCCACCACCUUCAACCCGGAGGACAUGUCCGAACCCGAAUUCAAGAGAGGAGGGACGCGGGCCACGGCGGGACCCCGGCUGGGCUGGUCUCGAGACCUCGGACAGUCCAACAAUGACCUGGACAUGCCGUUUGCCAAGUGGACCAAGGAGCAGGUGUGUAGCUGGCUCCUGGAUCAGGGCCUGGGCUCCUACAUGAACUCAGGCAGGCACUGGAUCGUGUCUGGGCAGACCCUUCUGCAGGCUUCUCAGCAGGAUCUGGAAAAGGAACUCGGCAUCAAGCACGCGCUUCAUCGCAAGAAGCUCCAGCUCGCCCUGCAAGCCCUGGGCUCUGAAGAGGAAAACAAUCAUGGGAAGCUCGACUUCAACUGGGUCACCCGGUGGCUGGAUGACAUCGGACUACCUCAGUACAAGACGCAGUUCGAUGAAGCGAGAGUGGAUGGGCGGGUGCUCCAUUACCUGACCCUGGAUGACCUGCUGUCCUUGAAAGUGGUUAGCGUGCUGCACCACCUCAGCAUCAAGAGAGCCAUCCAGGUCCUCCGGAUCAACAACUUCGAACCCAACUGCCUUCGCCGGCGACCUUCGGAUGAGAAUAACAUCACGCCCUCGGAGGUCUCCCAGUGGACGAACCAUCGAGUGAUGGAGUGGCUCCGGUCGGUCGACUUAGCCGAAUACGCACCCAACUUACGAGGCAGCGGGGUACACGGAGGACUCAUGGUUCUGGAGCCGCGUUUUAACGUGGAGACGAUGGCCCAGUUGUUAAACAUCCCACCCAACAAGACGCUCCUGAGGCGCCAUUUAGCCACCCACUUCAACCUACUGAUCGGGCAGGAGGCCCAGCAGCAGAAGCGGGAGGCUAUGGAGUCGCCAGAUUACGUCCUGCUAACGGCCACCGCCAAAGUCAAGCCAAAGAAGCUCACCUUCAGCAAUUUUGGGAAUCUGAGGAAGAAGAAGCAAGAAGACGGAGAGGAAUACAUCUGUCCCAUGGAAUUGGGACGGACGUCGGGAAACGGGUCGAAGAAAGGGUACAAACCUGGCUUGGACAUCCCCCUCUAUGACGACGAUGACCUGGACAGAUUAGAGCAGAUGGAGGACUCCGAGGGGACGGUGAGACAGAUCGGCGCGUUUUCCGAAGGCAUCAACAACUUAACGCACAUGCUGAAAGAAGAUGAAAUGUUCAAAGAUUUCGCCGCCCAUUCUCCCAGUGCUAGUAUUACGGAUGAAGACUCAAAUGUGUGACGGCGACCAGCAGAGCCUAGAGCGAAGAGCUUUUUUGAUCUGGUGUAAAAAAAAAACACUUUCGGUAUAUACAAUGAAAUGGGCAGCGAAUGAUGUAUAGUCGGUUGCUCUUGCUUCUUUUUCUUAGAAGUGAUAUUUUUUUGGAUGGAGGGCGGAGAGCAAGAAGCCUGGUCUGAAAUUGUCACGAAAUGAGACACUGGUCAAUGAUUGAAUGAUUGUUUUUGCUCUAUUUAAUGUACAAACCUGUGACAUAUUUUUUAAGUAUUGCCUUUGAAAUGAAUAUAUUAACCUACUUCUCCUA